AUGUGGCUCCCCGAGGCUAGACUCUGCUUGGCGGCUUGGCUGGCUGGUGGUCUGUGAGUCAGGAUGCAACGGCUCCUUCAUAAUGUGGCCACUAUGGCAAUCUCACUGCGUGGGAUCCGAGGCGGGUGUGGCGGCACGCCAAGGUGCCGCCUCGGCCAUGCCAGCCUCCGCUCUCUCUGCUGUUGGUGAUAAAAAAAAACUGGUUAUUUGUAAUGUGGACAAGGGGUUGUGGGGUGCAACGCCAUGGUGCGGGCUCGACUGUGCAAUCCGCCGGCGCCCUCCACCACCUCCGGCCUUCUUGAAUCUGUAUUGACGUCGGGUGAAGUUGGAGAGGAGAAAAGAGUGUGAUAGAUGCAACGCAAGUCUUCCAUCACUACCAACAAAAGCAAACGCAAGCCAACAUCUCUGAUCUCACGCCGAUGAAGGGCGUACUGUGAACGACGUCGGAUGAAACGGUUGAAAAGUCGUGUGUCAGUGCGUGUGCGUGUGAGAGUAGAUUCGUCCAAAAAAUCAGCUUGCGGCCUCCCUCGUCUCCGGUUUCCUUGACUCUGUCUUGACACCGGGCCCAGGCGUGGGAGGAGGAGAGAGUGUAGGUAGAUGCAGCCAAAGACUACUGGCAGUACAAACCGCUGCGCAAGUCAAAGACCCUGUUCCCACCGCUGCUGCAGCUACGGGGCACACGGUGGAUAUCAUCGAAAUUGAUGGUUAAACUAUCGUGUGUGUGUGUGUGUGAGAGUGUGUGUUGUGCCCUCCGGGGUGUAGGGGUGUCAGCGGUGGGUUCACGUAAUGGUCGUGGUGGCCGCCCACUUGCUUGCAGGUGAGACUGCGCCUAGCGUCCAUUUGCUGGCACCAAACUCUCACCUGUGGCUCCACGUAGCUGGGCUCUGCUCAGCGGCCACACCCCCGGCAACCGUCUCGACCGGCGGGCUAAACCAGGUGAGGGGGCCCUGUUCGCUGUGCCGUGUGCACAGGGUUUGCGGAUUCCGCUGGAUGGAAGGUCGGAUGGAACCUUGCGUCGGCAACGUCGUGACGCGGUUCGUCUCUGCACGCCGUUAGACAGCCGGUGACGGGAUGGAUCUCCAUAUCGACAUCGCCUUGACGCGCUCACCUACGCCGUCGGAGUCCGCGGCUAACGGCGAAUCCCAGUCGCUCUCCACUACAACCACAAGUCGUGGUCCCAUAGUGGAUCUCGGCCGUGCCACAACGGCAGAUGGCAGCCCAAUUCAGGGAUGGCACUGCCAGCCCCCACGAGGGGAAGGGCCUUGAAAAGGUGGCCUAAACAAUGCUGGGUACCACGCCGUCUCCAGGCUAGCCAGGGACGCAGUCGUCUAAUCAUGGUCGAAACAAUCGAAAUCGAAAAAUCAACAAUACCAAUAACAAUAACAACCAUACUGAUCCUCCUCAUCCUAACACUACUUACUCUUCUUCUGCCUAUUCUUCUGCCUAUUCUUCUCUUUCGUCACCUUCCUCUCCAUAUCCUACACGUCGCCUCACUCGUUGUCACCAGACUGGCAGGGUGAGACCGCCCACUUCAUCACCCUGCGUCCCUACCACCCCUCCAGCCACUGACACCGACUUCACCUGCCCAAACUACCUAUGCAAUUUCUCCUGUCGCAUCGGCCUGGUCGGCCAAUUGCGAAACCAUCGCACAGAGACUGACGAACCAGUGCCUGGAGCACCAACCAACACCCAGCAAACUUGACUCAAUUGCCUUCACUGUCCUUGCACUUUCAGGCAUCGCAUGGGCCUAUUCGGCCACAUGCGCACCCACGAGAGCGGAAUUGACCGCAAUUCCGGUUCACCCACCUCAUCCAACACAUCCACCAUGCCCAGUUCCACCCCCACUUCACCACCAUGCGCGUCUAUCAACACCACCGUCUCCUCUCUAGGCGACACCACCGACCUCUCAUGUCCACACUGUCCACGCACAUUCAGCUCACGCAUCGGCCUGAUCGGUCACUUGCGAAUUCAUCGCACAGAGACUGGCGAACCAGUGCCUGGAGCACCAACCUACACCCACCAAGCUCAACUCAACUGCCCACACUGUCCGCGCACUUUCAGGCAUCGCAUGGGCCUAUUCGGCCACAUGCACAUCCACGACAGCGGAAUUGACCGCAAUCCCGACACACCCGCCAUAUCCAACACAUCCACCAAGCUUAGCCCCACCGUCGCACCAUCGCCCUGCCCGCUCAUCACCACCACCGCCGCCUCCUCUGUAGGCGACAUCAAAAACGGCCGAAUUCUCAUGCCCAGCUUAUCGUCUUCAUUUCAGAAAUGAGCUAGCACAACGGCUAGGCAACCUUCUAAUCGCUGACGACGUCGUCGCUGCCGAGAACGCCUCCGUGGAGAACUGAUGCUGUAAUCUGCGAGCCACGGUUCAGUCGACGGCGCUGGCCUUCCUCGGUCGCGCACGUCGCCAACACCAGGACUGGUUCGACGACAACGACGCCGUCAUCAGCAAUCUGAUCUCAGAGAAGAACUGCCUACACAAUGCCUACGUAGAUCACCCCACUGACGAUAACAGAGCUACUUGUGCCGCAGUCGCCGCCACCUUCAGCAACGACUGCGCGAAAUGCAGGACGCCUGGACUGCUCCCAAGGCUGAGGAGAUUCGAGGCUACGCGGACCGCAACGAAUGGAAGAAAAGGAUGCGUGCUGGCACCUACCCUCUUCAGUCUUAUGUUCUCUGCCAUGCUGAUGGACGCCUACCGCGACGAACGCCCCGGGAUCCGCAUAGCCUACAGGAGGUACGGUCACCUGCUGAAUCAUCGGCGGAUGCACUUCCAAUUGCGUUUAUCCACAACCACCGUGCACGAACUCCUCUUCGCCGACGACUGCUCCCUGAACACCACCUCGGAAGAGGAGAUGCAACGGAGCAUGGACCUGUUCUCCGCCGCCUGCGAGAUCUUCGUUCUGGUCAUCAACACGCAGAAGACGGUUGUAAUGCAUCAACCGCCACCCUACUCCGCCACACCCCGCAAAGCACCGACGCAAAUCAACGUGAACGGAACCCAACUGCAAGUGGUGGGGAAAUUCCCAUUCCUGGACUUACCCUCUACAGUAUCACUUAAAUCGAUGACAAAGUGACCCGCAGGAUUCCGUAAGCUAGUCCAGCCUACGGCCGCCUCUGACGCACAGUUUGCAAUCGUCAUGGACUCCAACUGAACACGAAGCUGAAGAUCAACAAGGCUGUCAUCCUGCUGACGCUGCUAUAUAGCGCGGAGUCCUGGACGGUGUACACAAAGCAAGCACGUCGUCUGAACCACUUGCACCUCAGUUGUCUUCGUCGCAUCCUGAGGCUGAAUUGGCAGGAUCGCAUUCCCGACACUGAUGUGCCGGAACGGACGGGAAUCCUCAGCAUCUACACCGUGCUGAGUCAAAUGCAGCUGCGUUGGAGCGGCCACCUGAUGCUCAUGGACGACGAGCGACUACCCAAACGACUCUUCUACGGAGAGGUCGCGACGGGUUUUCUCCAGAAGUAG